AUUAAAAGCACUAAAUGUGUAAAUAUGCUCAUUAACGCGUUUGUGUAUUCAAAGUAAUAAAGUCUAGCGUGCGCGUUGCAGCUUUUGGCUUUGGCGCUGCAUUGACGCAGCUGCGCUGCCGGCGUCAAGUUCAAUUCGUUCAAUGCUUGUCUUCUUUUUUUUUCUUUUUUGUUUUGCGUUGUCAUUCGUUUUACUCGCGCGCGCGUUGUCAAUGGUCAUUUGUUGUGCCAGUGAUUACAAAUAAAAUAUAUUGUUAGAUUGAUGUAAUAUCAUUCAUAGCGGGUGUUUUGCUUUGUCAACAAAUAUGAGCAGCGCAGCGGCUAACAAUUUGUCAUCAAUUGAAGAGCAGUCGUCUCAAAGCAGCGCUGCUUCUGGCUCAAGUCAAGUCUCCAAGCAAGUGGAGACUAAUGAAAUACCAUUACAAUUAUUGCGACGUGCUAGUGAAACCGUUACCGCUAGCAUACUACAGUAUGUGGAACCCGAGACGGAACUUCUGCUAAGCAAACAGAAUCCACAGCCGCCGCCACGCAGUUGCCAACGUCAGGCUGGCUCAGUUCAAGGCAAGCGCGGCAGGCAACAACAGUUGCAACAGUCCAACAAUACAUUGUUGCACGGCGACAACAUGACACAAUGCGAUGACAACAAUAUGCCAGCCACAGCAGCAGCAACACAUACUAAAUUAGACACACAACAGCAACAGCAACAAAAACUCUCGCCGGGACAUAAUCGUGCUGCGUCUGAUGAUGAAAGCGCCACAACAAUAAUUUUAACGCCGACAUCAUUAAAUUUAACAAAUACAACACCAAAUGCGCCACCAACUGCUGGCAACAGCAACAACAAUGGCGGCGUCUAUGGCGCUGAGCUGCAAUACAAAGGUCCUAAAUGGUGGCGCGUCUUGGUGCUACACUGGCCACUGGUAUCCGAGCAUGUUGCUCUGUUGGCCAUUUUUCUGGCGCUCUGGGCUAUGCUUUAUAUAGUGCUGCCAAACUAUGCAGCACCCGAUACAGUUAUAAUGCGCAUUGUGCUGCUAUUUGUGGGCGCUCAAAUCAUGGGACUGAUGGUUACUUUUCUUAGCCUGCCCGAUAUGCUGGGCAUGCUGUUAUUUGGCGUUGUCUAUGGCAACGUAGGCUUGGCCUAUUUCGAAGGCUAUGGCAUGUUCGAAAAGUUGUUAAGAGAGCUGGCUUUGAUAAAUAUAAUGCUGCUUGCUGGACUGGGGCUGGAUGGCAGCGCAUUUAGACGCUUGUGGUUGAUGAUUUUGCGCUUGACCUUAUUGCCAACAAUAGUGGAAGUGGCUGUAAUAGCUGUGCUGGCUUAUUUUACGUUGUCUUUGCCUUGGCUAUGGGGCAUAGCAUUGGGUUUAGUGAUUACUGCUGUUUCACCCAAUGUGGUAGUAACUGUAAUGCUGAAGCUGAAGGAAGAACGCUUGGGUUUGAAUAACGGCAUACAUACACUUAUAUAUGCUAUGACCGCUUGCAAUGAUGUGGUGUCCAUUUUUAUGUUUGGCGUUAUUGUUAGCGUUAUAUAUUCAACAAGCUCGCUGACACAGCAAAUGCUGCAAGGCCCCAUUGGCAUUGGCAUUGGACUUGUUUUUGGCUAUCUAUAUGGCAUGCUAUUGCAGUAUCUGCCAUCACGUAAUGCGGUUUAUGUUAAUGGGCUGCGCUUUGUGCUAACCGUUUUGGGUGGCACUAUUGCUGUUAUGGGUAGUCGUGUCAUUGGCUACACCUCCGCCGGUGCCUUGGGAUGUGUCAUGUUGGCUUUCAUUGGCAACAUGGGCUGGAAGCGUGAAGAGCUCAAAAUGACGCCAGCGCAGUUGCAGGCGCAGCAAAUUUCCGGUGUAGCUAAGCGCUUGGAUCUGCUGUGGAAAUUUUUAAAGCCUGUCUCCUUCUCGCUCAUUGGCAAAGAAAUCAAUUUCGACAUUUUGGAUGGUCGCGUAAUUGGUUAUGGUGUGUUGCUCGUGCUUUUUGGUUGCUUGUUCCGCUUGGCAUUUGCAUAUUUAUCCACAUAUGGCGGAAAUCUGUCGAGAAAGGAACGUGCCUACAUUACAAUUUCCGGUUUUCCCAAAGCAACUGUUCAAGCCGCACUCGGUCCAGUGGCUUUGGACAUGGCACGCGACCUUAAGCUGCUGCCCGAAACGGCCUUGGCCAGUAAUGUGCUCAUCAUUUCAGUGCUGGCGAUUAUCUUCACGGCGCCAUUGGGCGCCAUUUUAAUGCUGCGUUUGGCACCGUUAUGGCUUAAGCACGACGACGCUGCAGCGCCGCACUGCGCAGCUGAGCAGCAGCAGCAGCUGCCAACGAUUUUAACGGACUGCAGCGCAACGAUUAACGCAACUAAAAGCAACUAAGUGUUAGCCCCAGUAAGCAGAAUUCCUAUGCAAACGUAGUUACUUUUGUCUGUAGCUUAGCUUAACUUAACUCUGUAGCAUUUGCCUAAACUUAAAUGUUUAUUAUACGUACUUAAUUGUUUGUUUGA